CAUUCUUCUGUAUUUCAGAAAAACUUAUUUCCAACAUAUAAUUUUAUAUUAUAUUCAAUGGAUAUAAAAGCCCUACAUCUAAAACUUCAAGAGAUGAGACAAUCUUUCUUUAACGAGGGCUACCUCAAUUGUCAGUAUACUCAGAUAGAAGCAUUGGAGAAAGACUCAAGCCCUUAUUUUAUUGUAGAAAUAAUAACUCUCUAUUUCAGAGAUUCCCCCAAUGUUAUUGCUGCUUUGGAGCAUGAAUUGGCGCGGGAGCCAAUAGAGCUACCCAAGAUUACCAAAUGCAUUAAUCGGUUAAAAAGCAGCAGCGCCAGCAUCGGUGCCAUCAAAAUUAACAAUGAACUUGAGAAGGCAAACAUACUUCUCCAAGCUGGCAAUGUAGAAGGAAUGAAAGAAGCAGUGCGUCGUAUUAAGAAGGAGCACAGUGAACUCCGCGCAAAGUUUGAGACAUAUUUUCAGUUGAUGAGACGAGCUGGUCCAACAGAACAAGCUGUGAACUCAAGCUAAAGACAUGCAUGUAAGCCAUGUAGUUUGGCUUGCACGACAAACGUUCCACCUGUUUCUACCCAAAAAAAAUAACAUUUCAACUGUCCAAACCCAACCAC